CAAAUCUGACGGUGUUGUCAGUUUCAGAAAACUUUCAGGCAAAGGUGAUGGCGGCCGCGGUGUCCGUUAGCGCAGCUGGCAGAGAAGAAAAUCCAAAUGCAGGGCCCAAUUUCGCUAGCCGUCCACUUCACGAAAACUAUGACCCCGCUGUCGAACACGAGAAUUGGGUGUCCAGGGAUCCCGAACUCGAGCCCAGUGAUGGGGGUGCAUCAUCGGACAACGAGUGUCAGCGAAGGGUCGAUGAAGAGUUGACGACGCUUAGCCCUGAAGAGAUUGAGAGGCGCUUGGACAGAACUCGUCGAGAGUUUUACAAUCGCCGGAAAAUCAUAAUUAAAAACCUGCCAUCCGAUGUUAGCAAUCAGGAGGUACAUGAGCUGUUGCGCAGCUAUGACUUGAAGUACUGCUUUGUGGACAAAUACAAGGGAACAGCUUUUGUCACACUGCUCCAUGGGGAGCAGGCACAAUGUGCCAUCAAAGAGUUCCACCAGCACAUGCUGCGGGAGCGGGAGAUCUCUGUGCAGCUGCAGCCCACCGACGCGCUGCUGUGCAUCGCCAACCUGCCCCACGCUUUCUCCCAGCAGCAGUUUGAGGAGCUGGUGAGACCCUUCGGCAACCUAGAGCGCUGCUUCCUGGUCCACAGCGCCUCCACUGGCCACUCCAAGGGCUACGGCUUCGUGGAGUACAUGAAGAAGGACUCUGCGGCUAGGGCUAAGUCUGAGCUGCUGGGGAAGCAGCUGGGCUCCAGGAUGCUGUACGUCCACUGGACUGAGGUGGGCUCCCUCACCUACCCCCUGCUGCACUCCAGGUGUCUCUGUGUGGACCGUCUGCCCCCCAGCCUGCUGACCGCCCAGGACCUCAGCAAUGCCCUGGCCGACACGCACGCACCCAUCUUCUGCCAGUUGGCUCAGGGCCAGGAUGACAGUUUCCGGCGGUUUGCCAUGUUGGAGUUCUCCUCGGCAGAGAUUGCUGAGCAGGUGCAGAGAGAGGCUGACGGCAGGGCGCUAGGUGGGACCCACAUCCGCGUCUCCUUCUGUGCCCCUGGACCCCCGGGAAGGAGCAUGCUGGCUGCCCUCAUCGCUGCCCAGACCAUGGCCCUGAACCGAGGGAAAGGUCUCCUCCCUGAGCCCACAGCCAUGCAGAUCCUCACAGGCCUCAGUAACCCUGCCACCCUCAAGAUGCUGCUCAACCCCCUCACCCAGGGCAGGAAACAAGGUCUCCUUGGUGCUGCUCCCACCAUGCCGCUGCUGGCUAACCCCGCCCUCUCUGCUGCUCUGCUCCAGCUCCUCCUCCAGAACCAGGCCCAAGUUCAACAGCAAGCCUUUUUGGGAAAUCAUCUUCUCUGGGCUCAGGUGCUGCACAAUAAAGAGAAUCGACUACUUCCCUGUGCAGGACUGAUGGGGGACAACCUUCUGGCUGCUAUGCCUCUCCAGCAGGGAGUCCAUCUGCUGGGAGACCAGCCUCAAGGCGGUGUGGUUCCAUCCCUGGGCCUCCAGUCAGACCCUAUGGGUCCCUUAAACCCCCACUCUAUGGGUCACCCCCUGGGCAGAGAGUCCCCUACCAGCUUCUCCCAGAACCCCUCCCCCACUCUCCAGGGCAUGUCCAUCUCCCAUCUGGGUGGUGUGAUGGGGGCAGAGGGGCCUACACCACCUGGGGUGUCCAUACUAGGACACCCUCCCAAUGAUGGGAAUCUUCCCCAGGACCCAUUCAAUGUCCACAGCCUGUUCCCAUCCCCAGGCGCCAACUGCAGGCCCCACCCUUACAGGAAGAGACCAGCGCUAGGCAACUCAUCCAACCAGCGCACACAGAACAUCCACUGUAACUACAGGCUGCGCUACCAGGAGUCCUACACCCCAGACUACCCCCCAAUACACCAGGAUCCUCUGGGCCAUCUGUAUGAACAGCAGGAGGCUCUGGACACUGGAGCUCUGGCAGGGUUCGGACAGCAGUGGUUUGGUCACCCCGGCUACAGUGAGCAGGCCUCCUCCCGCUAUAGUUACCCCCCCAGCCCGCCCUCGUCUUCCUACUACAGCUCUGUGGCACCUGGCCCCGGCAGCCUCCCCUCCAGCCAUCUCAACAAGGCUGUGGGCAUGCCUCCUGUUAGCCACUCGAACAUGUACCCAUCUGGUCUGGGGAUGAAGACUCCCAUUGGUGGUCACAAGCGUCUGAUCCCGUCUCCAGAGCCCAGCCCAGAAGGCUACGUGGGACAACACUCCCAGGGCCUUGGGGGCCACUAUGCUGACUCCUACCUGAAACGCAAGCGUAUCUUCUAAUGGAAACCAAUCAACGCUUCUUGUACGAGAUGCCAGUUAACAGCCAGGAGAUGGCUCCACCCCCCCCCACGGAGCUCCUCCAAUCAGCUUUUAGGUUUGGGCUUGGCGGUCCAGUGGUCUCGCACUUGUGUUCCUGCCAGCGACCCCCUGGAGCGCGCUGGGGUUGCAGCCUGUCGCUAAUCGGGACAUAACAAUGCGUGCCAGUGUAUGGGAGUUUUGAUGUUUUUUUUUUGUAAAUAUAUGAUUUCAGUGCUUGUAAAUGAAGUUUUAUCCUUUUUAUGUCUUAUUUUUUUCUAUCAGGAAAUCCCUUUGUUUACACACUGGGAGUUACCUUGUACUAUAAGAAAAGAAUUAACAUCUGAUUUCAGGUCUUUUUUUUCUCUUCUGCGUAUUCCCUUCAUUGAUUGGCUAAGCACUUUUUAUUUUAAUUUUUAUAUUUUGUAUUAGUUUUUCUUCCUGUUGUGAUGGUGUCAACGAACGGGUUUCUAUUUUAAAAAGUUUUGCCUCCCGAUAUUUUUGUAUAUAGUUAAUUAGUUUGUUUGAUGGGAUGUUUUAAUUUUUUUGAGCGCCUUCCUCCUACAGGGAUUAUGUGCCGACUGUCUGGACAGGAUUCAGGCCUUUACUUGGAUUCACGUAGAUCUGUGUAGCAGUACUGCCUUUCUGUCUUUUGGAAAAACUGUCCCCUUAGACAACUAGUCUGGAAUAUGCUGUUUUCAACCCUUCACUCUUCUACCCCUCCGUCUCAUUUGGGAGCCUGUUCUCUACACUGAAUGUUUGUUGUUGCACUUGGAGGACACGGGCAGAUCACAAUUCUCCAGGUUUGUUGAAUUUCUACGGUUCUCACUCGUUUCCCCCCCCAUUCUGUUCUCUGCAGAAUCUUGUAUAUUCUGUGUUGACGUGAGCUCUGUCGGCUGAGUAUUUGCAUCUCAACCACCAUGGCACCUGAUUUGCUCUUGUUCGUUCGGAGGGGAUGGUAGCUGUGCCUUAUCCAGACUUUAAUAUCUACAGAUUAUGACAGUAAGCAGGGACAUCUGUGGCCUCUGUCCACCCAGAGCCUAAACAUUAAUUAACUGUACUAUCAUUUAUUAAUGAGCCAUGGCUAGGUUGGCUCCCCUGUGGCUGUCCCUCCCCUGUAGACCAGCAGGGGGCGCUGUUGAUCCUCAGGCUAUACUGAAAUUAAAUCAAGCUUGACAGUUUCACACUGAUGGCUGACAAACUGAAACGGGUAGAAUUUCCAUCCAGUUUUCCAGUCCAGGAGAAGUUGACUUCCAAUCUGAAGUAUUAAUACGAUGGGAGUGUCCAAUGACUCUUAACAGGUGUUUACUAGGUCUGCCUCGGAAGGUUUGCAUGGAAAUUAAGCUUAUGAUUGGUGGUCAGUGAUUGAAUUCUUAGUCUGUGAAGAAUAAUCUGGUUGACAUUUUGAUUGUGAUCACCAUUACCUCUUGACUUCUGAUGGGAACUGCAAUUACACUUGAGCCUUAACAGUCCCCCCCCCCUCUGUCAUCUCAUCUUCCCCUCUGUGGGCUUUCUGACGACAUCCCUUUGUUUUUGCCGUGUACAUACUUUAAAGCUUGAUCAUUCUGAGUCCUAAACUCUUGUUUUCUCAAUCAUAUCUUUGGCCUCUGGUCUGUUUUAAGAUUGAAACUGCUGCUCAAUAUUUUGUGUUUUUUAGUGACCAUUACCAAGUGCAGCCACCUGUCUGGUGGUAGAUUUCCCCAUGUUUUGUAUAGACCAACAGGUGCUGCUCGAUGAUAUGAAUUAAGAUUGCUUUUGUUUUUCCUCAUACAUGCUGUCUGUCAUCUGUACUGCCACAUGUGUCUGUUUUGGCGCAAGUAAAUGUUAUUUAAUUAAA